AUGGCUAGAAAUCAUGAAAAACAUUAUGGAAGACUAAAUAGACUGUUUCUGUUGAAAGAAAAAGAGGAAUUUGAGAAAGCUAAUCCAACAAGGCCAAAACUUGAUCUUCUAAAUACUCCUGAAGAAAUACAAAAAUGGAUUCCAAGUAUUAAAAAAGACAUUGAUUUUUAUCUGAAAAAAUCUAAGGUAACAUGCUAUUCUGACCAACAAAUUGAAGACUGUAACUUGAAGAUUGUUCAACUUGAAAAAGAAUUUAAAGCUUUUAUACGUAAAAUUAAGAAACUGACGCCUGGAGUUCUCGAUGUUAUUCCGUGGACAAGUCGACCUUACAAAAGGAAAAAACUAGACUGUCUUGAAGAAGCAGAGCCGCAAAAAGAGUUUACACCAAUUGCCACACCCUUGUUAAAUGAAACCAAGGAAACCGAAAAACGACUUGAGAUUUUAGACUCUCCUUCCAUGAACGAACCGCUGACUUUUAACCAACCUGGUGCACCCAAUUCGAACUCCAAACCAUUCAACUCCUCAGAAAGCACAAAUGCAAAUUCAAGUGGAUUGGGAUCAAAUGUGGAAGCACUAUCUGCUCAAUAUAUUGAAGAGAAUAUGUCUUUCAAUGGCAUGUAUCCACUUGGAGAUAGCAUUUUGUGCCAGAAAUAUAAUGAAGCAUCCUCGAUGUGUUUCAAAAGCAACGAUGUGGUGCCUAGUCUGCAACGGGAUUUGAAAUCUGUCCAUUGUGAUCUGAUUCAUUGCGAUGAUUCCUCAGUGAACACAACAGAAGACUCUUUAUGUGAAAAAGCAGGAAAUCUCAAGAAAAGACUUUGUAAAAUUACUCCUUCAAAUCAAGAUUUUUCAAAUGGCGACUAUAGUUUAAGUGGUCAAGAACGUGAUAUAUUAAAUGGGGAGAAAUCUGAUUCUGAAUUUAAAAAACAAUUUUCUCAUUCAAGAACUAAUACAGGCUUACAGACUCAUUGUGCAAGUAAUGAUAAAAUAUCUGUAUCAUCUAAUCAGUCGUCCUUGAAAUUAGUUGAUUAUAAUUGCAGCGACAGUGAUAGUUGCAGUGAAUAA